AGAGACCUCACCAGAGGUUUAGGCUGCCAGUCGUUAAUCGAGCUCAGAGCCUUGAACUUGAGCUAGAAUAUCCAAUAGGCUGAGCCAUGAUCAGGUUCUGUCCUUAUGUCCUCUUUGUCCUGACCCUUUGCUCGAGUGCUCAGGCAGCGUUUGCUCCCCCUGGACCACGUGUCUUGAAUCAAAUCAGCGACGAAAAACUGGCCGAAAUUCUCGAAACCCUACCACAAGUGGACAACGAUGAGCAAGGGGAAGAAGAUGUGGACUUCACCCUAGAAGAUGAGGAGCAGCUCAUUGAUGACCUCAUUGACUUAAACGCCGAGGUUUUGCUGGAACAAGCGCCCUCAGAACUAUUCCAAUCCGUGAAGAAACGAAACCAUGAGAAAUCUAAACGUUUCACUGUGGACUUUAAUGGCAUGCAAGUGUCGUAUCCCACUUACGUUCGACUGAGUCGACUCCAAGCUAAAGUGGUGAAGCUUCAAAAAAUGAUCCAAAUGCUACAUCGCCGAUACACCCCCGAGCAACUUGACGGGCUUCCGCAAUAUGGCAGACUCAUGGAACUUUAUCAAUCACUUCGACCCCUGCUCCCCACAACUGCUAUCCAAGAUAUUCUACAACCCGAGGCCACUCCCAUCCAAGGCGUUGUCGAGAAACGAUCCUUUGGAUCCAGGCCCACUCUUUCGAACCAAGAACGAAUGUUGGCCAUUUUCGAGCACGUCGGAGACUUGGAACGCCUAAUGGAGCGUAUUCGACAAUCCACGCCCGCUGAGCAACUGGAUCAAGACCCCCAAUGGCAAAUUCUAAUUCAUCUACACCGAGAGUUGAACUCGAAGUUGGCCAAGUACUCGUUCUACCACAACAUGGAUUUCAGCCGUUCUGACAGUCAAGUUGGAACCGAUUUGGGCCAACGGUCCAAACGGUCCACAAAGUUCAACGACGUUUACGUGUCUGUGCCAGAGUAUGGAAGGCUUAAGGAAAUGCAAAAGACGGCGAUGAAAUUGGACGUCCUCUUGAGGAAAAUGGUCAAGGAUAUAGGGCUGAAUCGCUUGCAAAAGGACACCAAGUGGAAUAAACUGGUUGAGCUGCGGCAAUCCUUGCAGAAACUCUUACCUGAAGACCACCCAGAAUUUGAUGUUGUCUCCGCAAAGAAAAGAAGUGUCGUCAUGGACUUCAACGGAGUUCAGGUCAGUUAUCCUCAAUACUUACAUUUGAUGUCGCUACAACGAAAAGUGCAAAAACUGGACAUGGUCAUGAUGAGGAUUUCCCAGAUGAAGUCGCCCGAGGAACUCGCUGGAACUCCUCAAUGGGGCAGACUCCACCGAUUGAGGCAAGCUUUGGUUGGACUUUUGCCAAUUGGAGGUGGAGAACAAGAUUCAAAUUAAUGCCACAACAGAUCAACUUUCUUCAACUUUGAGCAAUGUAUUAUUCCUACUGUUUUCGAUGAAAAAACAUUUAAAUCUUCAUAUGAACGGCUCAAAAUGACAAGCUUACGUUGAGUGACUCAAGGAUAAUUUCAGUUUAGAUGGUCCAUCCAGUCUCAAAGUGGCAGCCACAGCAACAAUAUAAAAAAGUAUAUGUUUAAAAAGGUUAUUGUGUUGAUAACCACCACUCUGAAAGGUGCAGCAUAAUAUUCUUGUACAUAGGUCUCUAAAUAUACUAAAAACCAUUCUCUCCAAUUUAAUACCCCAAGCGAGGUGUGUCCCCUGGACUCAUUAAAUGAUUUUUUUCGUAAAUGGACAUCCAAGCAUUUUUCCGUUCGCCUCUUGUUCCUUGUUUUUCCAUGAUUUAUCUUAAUCCGGUUUGGCUAGCUUGAGACCUUCCUGCUUCUCGAAAUUGGGCAAACCAUCCGCCAGUGUUAUUAUAAGUACAUGUAUCGUCAUCUUGGUGAACUUGCAGUUUGAUGUCCAUGGUACGCAAACUCCGUGUGAUAAUUCACUCCAUCUGAUGUGUUGGGCUAGACUUGUGAAUAAAUUCGAAACAAAACU